AACAUAGGGGAAGGGGGCAAGCAAUAGGUAGCCCCAUAUAAUUAUGGAAUUGGGGCCAGCUUUUGUUCAUUACUAAAGUUUUGCUUGUCCACCACCUCCAUCUUUUCUUCUCUCAUCUCAUCUCUUCUCUUCUCUCGUGCACUGCUACUAGGAGAGAGGGAAGAGGAGAGGGAGAGAGACGGCCAUGAUUUCAGCUCAGGCUCUUCCUCUCUCCCCAAACACUUCCCGAUAGAUUCCAUCCCCUGUCUAUCAUCCUGGGUAUCCACCCCCUUUUCCUCUUCUUAAUUGCAAAGGUUUCUGCAGGAUAACAUUUGUUUGGGGACGAGAUUCAGAGAGGUGGAUUUUACCUCUCGUUAUCUAGAACACUGGCUACUAGCUCUGGCGUGUGAGCCGGGUGAAGAAGAAUCAACAAGAGUUCAAAAGAGAUGGAAGGCGACAGCUUCUCCGGGAUGGGCAAUGGCGGCGGCGGCGGCGCCGGGGGCCAUCACCAGCAGGUGGUGGACGGGAAGCUGAUCCAGACGUUCCACAAGAGCUUCGUGCAGGUGCAGAGCAUCCUGGACCAGAACCGGAUGCUCAUCAGCGAGAUCAACCAGAACCACGAGUCCCGUGCGCCCGACAGCCUCACCCGCAACGUCGGCCUCAUCCGGGAGCUCAACAACAACAUCCGCCGCGUCGUCGGCCUCUACGCCGACCUCUCUGCCUCCUUCGCGCACCGCGGCGGCAUGGACGGCGGCUCCUCGGAGGGCGACUCCUCGGGUACGCUACGCUCCCCAGACGCCGCCGCGCGCGCUGCCGCCGGACAGAAGCGCGUCCGGCCUGGCUAACUUCUUGGCAUCGUCUCCGAUGCUGUGUGUAGUACCAGCUAGCAAGGCAGCUCCAGGAUGUGAGUUACUACUUAAAUACUAGGCUAGUUCUUGUUCCUUGGUUAAUCUCUUGCUGUUCUUCUCCUCCUCCAUUGCUACAAAGUACUUCCUGAUGAUGAGAUAAAGAGAACUUUUCGUGUACAAGUUCAUGUGACGAUGUGAAAGAAACAGCACUGUAGAAGCAGCAGUAGUUAUUGAUAAUCUGCUCAUAUUUGUCAGCCUUUA